AGGCAGCUGCAGGUGGAAUCUUCUACUUUAAAGGUGAAUCCUGAGUUGCAGGUUGGAGAAUCUUCUUCUUUAAAUCUGGAUUGUGAGCUCUUGGAGAGUCUUCUACUUUAAAUCUGGAUCCUGAGUUGCAGGUUUUAGCGAGCCGUCAGUGAGCAGCGGCAGCAGGAAUGGCUGCUGGGUUCACCAUCAUCGGAGUUCUGCUGCUCUGCUGGUUCAGUGGAGUCGGAUUUUCCUCGACUUUUCCAACAGGCAGACGUUUUGUGUAUCCUAAAGCCUGGCAUGUUGGAAGGAGGUCACAACAGGAAGUGUCUGCUUACAGAUUCCGUCAUCCCCUACAGAACUCCCAGACUCUAAGGCAGCAUCACAGGAACCUGCAGCCUCUGGUUCAUGUCCGAACCUGGCAGAAACCGUGGGGAGGCUUCAUGAGGAACCCUCGACGGUAUCAACCAAACCUGUACCGUCAAACCCUGAGUCCAUAUCAGCAACAGUCCCGCUCUGUCACCAAACUGCCCGAAGAAGUUCCUCCUCCACCCGGACCCAGAGGCUUCCAGUUCCACCAGGAGACUUCUGUUCUCAACAUUGGUAAAGGCUCAGAUCUGAACGAUUAUUCUAGAUAUGGCCCGAGUAGCAUCCACCUGGAGAGCAGCGUCAGCGUCCCGUCUGGUUCUUCAAGCAAAGGUUCCACAAAAGACCCAACCAGAGCAAAGAAUCCCCAUGAAGUUUCCAAGCAGAGGUAUCAUCUCGGCCUACAUGUUCCGAUUCCACCAACUGGCAGCAGCCAAACUGGUCACUUUCCACAAAGACCAGGAAGUACUGUCCAGAAGCAUUACAUGGACCCAACAAAAGUCCAAUCAGGUUCAAUCCAGACUGGAUCAGAUCCGUUUUUCUUCAGUUCUGCUGGUUCUGUGCAGCAACAAAAACAACAGAUCUAUGAGCCAGUUCACACUAAAAAUAUUGACCCCAGACUCCUCAUUUUACCUGGAUAUCCUCACCAGCACACAGCUCCUAGUAAACAAAUCAAACAGACUCACCAAGUUCCAAUCAAACAUCCAUCUCCAACCCUACCGAUGCCAAACUAUCCUCAACAUCUCGCCGUAGAUGGAUACUACAGCUCCAGGAAGAAUCCUCCAAAAAAGUACCACGGUAAAGGUCAAGCAUCUCUUCCUGAGCAAAUCAAACAAACUCAAUAUCCAAUCAAACAUCUGUCUCCAACUCUAAAGAUCCCAAACUAUCAACAUCUUGACACAGACAGCAGCUACUACAGUUUCCAGAUAAAUCCUGCCAAAAAACAGUACGGUAAAGGUCAAACAGCUCCUCAGCAAAUCAAACGAUCUGAACAACAUCCAAUCAAACAUCCGUCUCCUUCUCUGCCAAUCCCGAACUAUCCUCAACAUCUUGACGAAGACAUCGUACCCUACAACGUCCAGAUAAAUCCUGCCAAAAAACACUACGGUAAAGGUCAAACAGCUCCUCAGCAAAUCAAACAAUCUGAACAACAUCCAAUCAAACGUCCAUCUCCUUCUCUGCCAAUCCCAAACUAUCCUCAACAUCUCAAUGAAGACAUCCUAUACAACGUCCAGGUAAAUCCUGCUAGAAAACACUAUGGUAAAGGUCAAACGGCUCCUGAGCAAAACAAGCAAGCUGAACAACAUCCAAUCAAACUGCCAUCUCCUACCCUGCCCAUCCCAAACUAUCCUCAACAUCUUGACGAAGACAAGCUAUACUACAACAUCCACUUAAAUCCUGUGAAAAAGGACUACGGGAAAGGUCAAGUGGCUCCUACUCGGCAAAUCAAGCAAGCUGAACAAUAUCCAAUCAAACAUCCAUCUCCUACCCUCCCAAUCCAUCCCCAACAUCUCAGUGUAGACAGUGACUACUAUGGUUUCCAUAUAAAUCCUGCCAAAAAACACUAUGGUGAAGGUCAAACGGCUCCUCAGCAAAUCAAACAAUCUGAACAACAUCCAAUCAAACAUCCAUCUCCUUCUCUGCCAAUCCCAAACUAUCCUCAACAUCUCAAUGAAGACAUCCUAUACAACGUCCAGGUAAAUCCUGCUGGAAAACACUAUGGUAAAGGUCAAACGGCUCCUGAGCAAAUCAAGCAAGCUGAACAACAUCCAGUCAAACCGCCAUCUCCUACCCUGCCCAUCCCAAACUAUCCUCAACAUCUCGACGAAGACAAGCUAUACUACAAUGUCCACUUAAAUCCUGUGAAAAAGGACUACGGUAAAAGUCAAGUGGCUCCUGAGCAAAUCAAGCAAGCUGAACAAUAUCCAAUCAAACAUCCAUCUCCUACCCUGCCAAUCCCAAUCCAUCCCCAACAUCUCAAUGUAGACAGUGACUACUAUGGUUUCCAUAUAAAUCCUGCCCAAAAAUAUGACGGUAAAGGUCCCACGGCUUCACCCGAUGCAACAAACCUCCAUGUUUCUUUGCACUAUGAAGGACUUCCAGGUGGGCAUCACCAUGGCCAGCGUUAUAAUGAAGGAGAAACAAAGCAUUCAGUACAACUGUCCAACUACAACCAGUUCAAACCGACCAAACAGAUCGCUGCAUCCCAACAUGAACUCCCAUCAUCUGGUCUUCAUCACAGGGAAGUUUCCGUCGUUACCUAUGGAGCAGGAAAUGGGGUGCAGUCGGGGCAGAACUACGAGUACAGCGGUGGUUCAAGUCCACAACAUGUUUCGGGGCUGCUAAACUUCCAGUAUCUGUUGCCUGAGGACGAUGAGUUUAACAUAUACGACAUCAAAUAUUCCGACUGGAGGCCUUAUGGCGGUAAAUAUCCAGGUCAACAAAUGUCAAACUCUUACUCCAUAAAGAUCUAACCUCUCCAUCAGAUUACUGCUUUAUCCAGAUAUGUUCCACAACAUCACCAGAAGACUAAUGAUGGAGAAACCACUGGUUUCCACCAGCAGGGUUUAAUAGAACUUGGGCAUCUAUACACACCUGAACAACAAGGAAGUUGUUCUGUUGAAGACAAACCCAGUGUCCAGGAUGUCCAUUAGAGCUGGAGCAAAGUUUCUGCAGAUCAGCUGAUGCUUUCAGUCUUUGAUACCUUCAAGGUGACUAACACAGGAACCCAGUGCAGGCUGCAGUUUGAACUGAAUCCGUGCAAUGAGGAUAAUCUGUCGACUCGUCUCCAAUAAAGUGUCUGAACUCUG